UUCCGUGUCGUAUUUAAAUCAUUCGGUGGUCAACUCGGAGCAUCUAAUGACAAGCAAUUCGAUUGUCAAGCGCAUUCCUUUGAUUUUUGUUACUUCUUUUAUAAGUAAGGCGUUUUAAUAGUGGAAAAUAUAUUGGUAUCGAUUUAAAACAGUUCUUGCUGGUUUAAAUAAAGGGUGCGGUAGCGUUAAAUCACGAUGGCUUCAGCAGCAACUGCUUGGCCUGUUUUCCAUCAUGGACUCUGAGAAGGAGAUCCUGAUGAAGGAGUACAUCAAGAUGAUGACUGAUAUGAUCGUGCUGUGUGCCACUUUGGCACUGUCUCUCUUCUUCUGGCUCCUCUCCCUCACCAUGAGCACCAUCUCUGGUAAUUUACAGCCUGUGUCGCCAUGGCGAUGGUUGUUCUCCAUAUUGAUUCCCCUUACGCUGACGUUGCGAGCGCUGAGGAGACGCAGUCUGGACCGAUCAGGAGCACUAGGGGCAAUCCUGGUGGGAUUUGUCUUGACGAUGGCCAACUACAGCUUCUUCUCUGCUCUGCUGACCUUCUUCAUCACCUCCUCCAAGCUGACUCGCUGGGGAGGAGCACAGAAAAAGAAAAUAGAUGUCGACUACAAGGAAGGGGGUCAGAGAAACUGGAUUCAGGUCUUCUGUAACGGAGGAGUUCCUACAGAAUUGGCACUGCUGUAUAUGAUAGAGGUUGGUCCGGGCGAGAUCCCCAUUGACUUUGGAAAACAGUACUCUGGCUCCUGGAUGUGUCUCUCUCUACUGGGCGCGCUUGCGUGCAGCGCUGGUGACACGUGGGCGUCUGAGGUGGGACCUGUCCUCAGUGAGACGCAGCCAAGACUCAUCACCACCUGGAAGGAAGUCCCAGCAGGAACUAAUGGAGGCGUCACUCCUGUUGGACUGGUCGCCAGCUUCCUGGGUGGGACUGCGGUAGGCCUGGCUUACUUUGUGACACAGCUUCUAAUGGUCAGCGACCUUCACCUGGCAGACCCCCAGUGGCCCGUCAUUGUGUAUGGAGGUAUGGCCGGACUGCUGGGGUCAAUGCUGGAUUCUUUCCUGGGAGCUCACAUGCAGUACUCUGGCUUUGACGCGAGCAUUGGGAAGGUGGUGAGUUAUCAGUCCGCCACCACUCGGAGGAUCUGUGGGAAGCCCAUCCUGGACAACAAUGCGGUCAACCUGUUCUCCUCUGUCCUCAUCGCCCUGUUUCUACCUGGAAUGGCGUGGGGAAUGUGGCCACAAUAGAUGGAAACUGAUUGGUCACAGAAACAUGACUCCAAAGGUUGUGAUCGUGAGAGUCAACAAAUGUGGAAUAAACUGUCAGAUAAAACAUUCCUGCAUCAGAAAACCCAUGUCAUAAGUUAGAAAUCUGUAGUGCUGUUGCAUCAAAUGUUUGGACAAGUUCCAGCAGCAUUGCUCGCUGUAAUAAUUUAUAAAUUUUUAAAAGGUUGUCCAGCGGUUUAAUAAACUUAACUGCUAAAGAUU